CAUAAUGGGAGAAUAAGGGUACAUAAUUACUAGCAAAUAAAUUGCUUAACUUUGUCACGUCUUGAAGAAGAAAAGAAAGUAGCGUUGGUCAUGGCUGGUGGUGAGUGGUAGUCCAAUAAACAACCCAAACUGAUGUUCAGUUGGCUCAUCCAAAAGAAAACCCAUCCUAACUCUCAAGGAUUCGUUUCCGUACCAGUGGUUUCUUUUUCAAGCUUCCCGUUCUAUCAUUCUUUGGGCUGUAUUAAAAUAGGGGAUGCACUGUAAGGAAGGUGAAAAACGUAGUUUUCGUGAUGACAAGAAUUCCCCAAAAAUUAGGAAUAAUUUCCCCACAAAUGCCUCAUUCAUCUGAAACUGGAAGAAUCUGUAACAUAAUUUUUGAGACAAAGGAUGUAGACAGGCCCUGUAGGGAGGGCAACGUCCCUUUCACCUUCAGGGCUUCAUCUUACUGCAAUGCUCUGCUUCAGUUACAAUUUACGGACAUGCACUUGAUUUUACCAAUUUAAAAACCACAAACCUAGCUACCAAUCCUCAAUGUCUGCCGACAAAAUAAAUAAAAAUAAACAAAAUACAAAGUGAGGUGGAAUUGGGCUUUGCCUUUAAUAGCAAGUAGGGUAUUGCUUGGGUGUGGCUGUGGCUGUGGCUGUGGCUGUGGCUGCCUUCCUUGAUUCCAGUUCAAUCUCUCUCUCUGGUCCACCAACCCCCAACGGUGGUCACCUAAUCAAUUGUACUUCUUUUGCAUGAAAUCAACAUUUUUUUUGUUGGGAUAAAAUAUAAAUUAUUGAGGGUUAAUUAUGCUAAAUAAAUUAUAUUGAAGUAUAAUACACUUGUUACAGCAAAUUUUUGUUGGUGUGGACGACGAUGGUGACAAGCUUUAAUUGAGUGGAUGGUAGGUGCAUGGGUGAAUGAUGAUACUUUUACAAAUAUUAAAUUAUUUUUCUUUUCAAAAUAAUUAUGUUCAAUUAAAAGUCAGUUGUUUCAACAAAAUUGCUACAUACAACCGACAAGACAACAAUGGAAGUUGGUUAUUUUUCUCAAAUUCAAUCACCCUUUUUUUUUCCUUUUAAUUAUAAUAAUUUAAAAUGAAUUCUGGCAAAAUACUUGGAAGAAAUCUGUUUAUUUUCUAUGCUUUUAGCUCCUUAUUUCCUCGCAGGGCUUAUUUUUAGAGCUUAAACAAUUUGGGCAGCAUCUGAAACCUUGUGCUUCCAGAUUUGGUUUUGAUUAUUUAAGUAUUUAAUUUAUUCUGGCAACUAAUUUGUGAAGUGUUUUGUUUACUCAUUAGUCAAAACUGGAGUGUGGUCUCUUUGAAGAAGUGAACUCCGUUUUACGUAAAGUAUUUUUAAUUAGCGUUUCUUUUGCUAAACAUGCUUAGCAGAUUCUUUGCCUGCUCUGCUGCAUAAACUAAAAAACAUUUAGAGAGUAAAAAUUCUGGGUAUGGGAAAUUAAGACUUAAAAACAUGGACCGGCUGAGGUUGUUUGGAUUAUUACACCGAAAAAUAAAAACCCCACAUGGUAUGGUGUUUGUUUGGGUUCUUACUUCUUACACAUUACAGCUGCAGAUACCUUUCCUCAUAAUGUUGUGUUCCCAUCGUUGCUUGUCUUCUGUCUUUUAGACUGUCCUUUCCUACUUGCACACAAUCUCCUACACAACUCCUUUUUCUUCGCUUCUUCUUCCUUUGCUACAAUGAAGACCUUUUGAUUUUGGGUAAUUGUUCAUUACUUGAUCUUUGAGAUCUGGGGUUUUGAACGUUGUUGUCGGGAUUUGGUUUCAUUUGGGCUACUUGUUGAGAAAAAAAAUGGCUCCGGGAUUAGAUUUUUCAGAUUGGGGGGCAAUGGAGACGAGGAAAGGGACACCGGUGGUAGUGAAAAUGGACAACCCAAACUACUCGGUGGUAGAAAUCGAGGACCCAGAUGCUGCAUUCAGGCCUGUGGAAAAGAGCAGAGGGAAAAAUGCAAAGCAAGUGACCUGGGUUUUGCUUCUCAAGGCUCAUCGUGCUGUCGGUUGUGUCGCUUGGAUAGCUACACUGUUCUGGGCAUUGCUUGGAACCAUAAAGAAAAGGUUGAUCUUCAGGCAAGAUGUUGGCAUGGCAAGUGAAAAGUUAGGGAAAGGGAAACUGCUCUUCACUGUCAUUAAAGCCUUUCUGGUGAUUUCCUUGACAAUCCUGGCUUUUGAGAUUAUUGCUUAUUUCAAUGGUUGGCAUUAUUUCCAGAACCCCAGUUUGCACAUUCCCAGAACCAGUGAUAUCCAGGGACUGUUCCACUUGGUUUACGUCACUUGGUUGUGGUUUCGGGCCGAUUACAUUGCACCAUUAAUCCAAGCCUUGUCUAAAUUCUGUGUAGCUCUAUUCCUUAUCCAAUCUGCAGACCGUAUGGUACUUUGCUUAGGCUGCUUUUGGAUUAAAUACAAGAAGAUUAAGCCGAGAAUUGAGGGAAAUCCAUUCAAGUCAAAUGAUGUCGAGGGAUCUGGUUACGACUACCCCAUGGUUCUUGUUCAAAUCCCAAUGUGUAACGAGAGGGAGGUAUAUGAGCAGUCUAUCUCUGCUGUCUGUCAACUUGAUUGGCCAAAGGACCGAUUAUUGAUUCAGGUUCUGGAUGAUUCCGAUGAUGAAAGCAUCCAGUGUUUAAUUAAAACAGAGGUUGCUACAUGGAACCAAAGGGGUAUCAACAUAAUUUAUAGACAUCGGUUAAUAAGAACUGGUUACAAGGCUGGGAAUCUUAAGUCUGCAAUGAGCUGCGAGUAUAUACAGGCCUAUGAGUUUGUAGCAAUAUUUGAUGCUGAUUUCCAACCUAACCCUGAUUUUCUAAAGCAAACAGUUCCACAUUUCAAGGACAAUCCCGAGUUAGGGUUAGUUCAGGCUAGAUGGACUUUUGUGAACAAGGAUGAGAAUUUGUUGACUCGUCUCCAGAACAUUAAUUUAUGUUUCCACUUUGAAGUUGAACAGCAAGUAAAUGGUGUAUUUUUAAAUUUCUUUGGCUUUAAUGGAACUGCUGGUGUUUGGAGAAUUAGAGCUCUUGAGGAAUCCGGAGGCUGGCUUGAAAGAACUACUGUGGAGGACAUGGACAUAGCUGUUCGUGCGCAUCUUAAUGGUUGGAACUUCAUCUUCCUAAAUGAUGUGAAGGUCCUUUGUGAAGUCCCCGAGUCUUAUGAAGCAUACAGGAAGCAACAACAUAGAUGGCAUUCGGGACCGAUGCACCUAUUCCGCUUAUGCCUUCCAGCAAUCAUAACUUCCAAGAUAGCAAUAUGGAAGAAAGCAAAUCUAAUACUUCUGUUCUUUUUAUUGAGGAAGCUUAUCCUUCCCUUCUACUCCUUCACAUUGUUUUGCAUAAUUCUUCCUCUCACCAUGUUUGUACCAGAGGCUGAGCUCCCUGUUUGGGUCAUUUGUUAUGUACCUGUUUUUAUGUCUUUCCUCAACAUUCUUCCAGCCCCCAAAUCAUUCCCUUUCAUUGUCCCUUACCUUCUAUUCGAGAACACCAUGUCUGUGACCAAAUUCAAUGCAAUGGUAUCUGGGUUAUUCAAGUUGGGUAGCUCCUAUGAGUGGGUUGUCACCAAAAAGGCCGGCAGGUCAUCAGAAUCUGACUUAUUGGCUGCUGCUGAGAGGGAAUCAAAGACAACAAACCAGCUGCAAAUCCAGAGAGGAGCUUCUGAAAGUGAGCUCAUUGAACUAAACCGAUUGAAGGCGGCCCCUGUUCCUGUUAAGAGGGUGAAUAAGAUAUACAGGAAAGAACUCACUCUGGCGUUCCUCCUACUCACAGCUUCAGUUAGGAGCCUGUUAUCGGCACAAGGAGUACAUUUCUACUUCCUCCUCUUCCAAGGGGUGACUUUUCUCCUAGUCGGUCUGGAUUUAAUAGGAGAGCAGAUGAGCUAGUGCUGCAUGCCAUCCGGUUCAAUAACCAAAGUUUCAUUUUCAAUAUGCCCAAUAGAAGGUUUUUAUUCAUCAAUAACUUUACUUCCUGUAGUCUCAGUUUGUUAUUUUUAUUUUUCACAUUGGAUGGUGGUCCUUGUGUUAUCCCUUAGGCGUUAAAGCAUUGUUUGUCUAUAGGUAGGAUUUGUAUUUCACCCUGAUUCUUGCUUGAGUGUUUCUGGUUUGGCACUAAAGAUUCAAGCCAUAUUGUAUUUGUAAAGUUGGAAAGCUUGGGGAGGGCAUAAGAAUGAGCUUGCAUGAUGCUGCUUUUUGGUUCCAUAUUUACGUUGAGGAUAUGUAAAACAUCAAAUCUUGUACAUUGUGUUAUGUCCAAUACAUGACAAAUAAAUUCCUUUCAUUUUUUUU